CAAGUCAGUUCUCUAGCAGUCUAAUGUCUGCUUUACUGUGCUGAGGACGCCCUCCAGCCUGUCUUUCACUCUGUUCUGGGAAGUUCACUUCGUCUGAAGUGUUUCGGAUUCCGGAUUGUAGCUGUAGCCGUUCGGGCAUCAUGGGCGAUGUAGGCAGCAGUGCCUGGCUGGUUCUGGGCCUGUGUUUUUGGGUGGUUAUCACUGCAUGUGAAUGUGCACCUUCCCCGCACAUAGAAGACUCAUCGAACCCCCAGAAGCAUGUAGGAGAUACUGAAAAAAUGAGUGAGAGCAGUCUGGGAAGAUUACAGAGGAAACUGCUGAUGGACGAUGAUGGAUCUUCGAACAUCAAUCCAGCUGGAAACGCCUCCAAUUCCAAGAUAUCAUACAACACCAGCUCCAGUCCAUGGCCAGUACUGGUUGGCCUGCUGCUCUCCGUGCUGUCUGUGGCUUUGGUGAUCGCGCUGGUCGUCAAGUUCCGGAUCGUCCAGCGUUUCUUCGGCGGCUACAACGAAGCUCUUCUGCCAGAGGGUGACACGGCCAGCCAGUUCAGCCAACCCGGGACCCUCACGGCCAACUUCCCCGCCCACAGCAUGAGGGACAGGCAGGAGUAUGGGGGUAGCCAGGACGAAGACGACGACGGCUUCAUCGAGGACAACUACAUUGUUGCUGGAGCCAAGGAGAGGGCAGAGAGAGAGGUGGUGCACGAGGAGGUCACGGACGAGGAGAGCGACGAUGAACUGGACAUCCAUUUCUCAAUUGAUUAAACUCAGGGACUGUUUAGUUAAAGGGGAAUUAAAUGGUUAAGAUGUGGUUUGGUGUGAAAUUCUCUGUUCUAGAGAAACCACAGUGGUGGUGAUAGGAACCAGACGUCCACCUAAAAGCUCCCUCAUGGAAAGUUACUACACAAAAUGUUUUACUGAAGUGUUGCCUGAUGGCCGAUACUUUGUUUCAUGUUAGUUUUGUAAUAGAGUUCAGGCUUAAAACUUACUGUUUUAUAGUAUCUGGUCAUGAAGGAGGGAUACAUGCAGUGUGGGGCAAAAUAGUCCCAAAAAGUCUAAAUUCUUUCAAAUUUAACAUUAUUUUACCAUCAUCAACAUCACAUACAAAACUCAGAAGACGUGUAGGUUCAC